CUCAGGGCUCUGGGUAGGCAUGGUUUUAUGUUGCCCAGUGAGGAACGAUCACAAUGGGAAGAGGUCCAUUAGUGUUUAUAACUACCGCACUCUGCCACGCAUCGAAUAUGCAUAAACUCAUCUAACCAUAUCGUGGGCUUUCGAGGAGCAAUUCGUCAUCCUAUCACUAUUCUGAUCGAGAGCGUUUCCCAUCCACCUCCCAUAUCAAGAACUCCAAGCCCGUUCCCACACUCCCUAUCGCUGAUACACGCCAAUGGAUCCCAAAUCGCCCGUAGAGACGGACCUUCUAAUCGUCGGCGCCGGACCGGCAGGCGCCUCUCUAGCGUGCUUCCUCGCGCGCUACGGGCUCAAAGGAAUCGUGAUCUCCUCGGCCCCUGGAACUGCUAGAACGCCACGCGCCCACAUCAACAACCCCGCAGCCAUGGAAUGCAUGCGCGAUAUCGGCCUCUGGGACGAAUGCCGCAAACUCGGACACGGCGGCGUCUUCCUCAGGCACUUCCGCUGGUGCGAGACCAUGGCCGGCGAAGAAUACGCGCGCGUAUACUCUUUCGGCGAAGGCGUCCGGCAGGGGGACGUUGCAGCGACGAGCCCGUGUUGGUAUCUCGAUCUGCCGCAGAACUUGCUCGAGCCGGUUCUCGUAAAGUUCGCUACUACGAAUGGGUUCAAGGUGCGCUUCGAUACGCAGUUGAUAGGGUUCGAGGAGAAGGGAGGCGGCAAAGUGCUGUGCGAUGUACGGGACCGCGUUUCUGGCGCCACGUACCAAAUCUCGACAAAGUACCUCUUCGGCGCAGACGGCGCCCGCUCGCUCGUUGCGCAGAAACUCGAUCUCCCGAUGACGGAGCACCCCGGCGGCGGCAUGGCCUUCAACGUCCUCGUGCGCGCUGACCUGUCGCACCUGAUGCGGUUCCGCGAAGGCAACCUGAACUGGUGUGUGCGGCUUGAACGGGACUAUCCGUUUACGUGCGUAGGACGCAUGGUGAAGCCAUGGUAUGAGUGGAUAUUCGUCUUCUUCCCCAAGGGACCGGGGGUGGCCGCCCCGGAGAGGAGCGAGAAGGAGUGGAAAGAGGUGGUCGAGGAUUACAUUGGGGACCCCAAAGUGCAGGUGGAGGUGUUGGAUGUUAGUAAGUGGCUGGUCAAUGAGACAAGCGCGAAUGUGAUCUCGAAAGGGAACGUUUUCUGCCUCGGCGACGCCAUCCACCGCCAUCCACCGACGCUCGGCCUCGGCUCAAACACCUGCAUCCAAGACGCCUUCAACCUGUCCUGGAAAAUCCACCUCGUCCUCAAAGGCCUCGCAUCGCCCUCCCUCCUCUCAACCUACAACACCGAACGGCAGCCCGUCGCCGCCCAGCUCGUCAAAGAAUCCAACGACAUCCUGCGCAAGCACGCCGAAGUCUGGCAAGCGCUCGGCGCCAAGGGCCCGGGCUCCUCAGAAGAAGAGCGCAUGCAAGGCAUCCGCGAACUGCGGCAAAACACCCCGGGCGGCCGCCAAAGACGCAAGCUGCUGAAGGAGCGCAUAGACUACAUGCAGCACGAGACCAACACUAUGGGCAUCCAAAUGGGCCAGCUCUACACCAGCACCGCCAUUGACGCGUCCUCUGAGCCUCGCCCAUUCGCCCCGGGCCCCCGCGAAGCUAGCGAACCGGCCCUCUACUACGACCCGUCCACCUACCCCGGCCGCCGGCUCCCGCACGUCUGGCUCAACACCCCGGUGCCCGGCCCGCUCGUGUCGACGCUCGAUAUCGCUGGGAAGGGCCGCUUUGCGCUUUUCACGGGCAUUGGCGGGGAGCUGUGGAAGGAGGCUGCGCAGGCGGUGGGAGAGGAGCUCGGCGUUGAGAUUAAGGCGGUGGCGAUCGGUAUAGGAGCGGAGUGGGAGGAUCCGUAUUUCGAGUGGAUGGGGGUGAGGGGCGUGGAGGACGACGGGUGUGUGCUUGUGAGACCGGAUCUGUUUGUUGCGUGGAGGGCGGAGAGUGGCGGAGAGGAGCUGCAGCGGUUGGGGAUGGUUUUGAGAGGAAUCUUAGGGGUGAAAGAUAGCGCUUCUGGAUAG